AUGUUGAUAAAUGUAUUGCGCAGGCCAAAGCAAAGAGCGCUCAAGAAGUUAGAAGAGCUGUAUUUUAUUGCAGAGAAUUGUCGACGAUCGGUUACCGGAGAGGAAUCUCUUGUCGAUAAACGCAAAGAGUUUUGGAUGAAAUGUGGUGUCUUUUUCCCACCAUUUUAUCCGAGUCCGAAACCAGCUCCCCGAAACGCUUAUGAACGAAUGUUUACUCACGGCACUAGAGAAAACGAUCUUAUACGCAUUGUAUCUAGUUUCCUUCUCUGUGAAUUUGUUGGUCUGUUAUUCUUCGUUUCUAUUGCUCUCAAGUAUUCCGUCUUUCCCAGUCGAUUAGGAGUAUAUGUAAGUAUCGUUGUGCAGUUAAUAUUAAGUUUGAUGAUACCAUUCCCAUCCAUUCGAGCCAUCAUCCUGAUUGCUGCAGUCAAAUUAACCACUAGCCGUCUUCGUUCCAUUAUUCUCAUGUUUAUAAUAGUGUGGGCAUUUCAAAUAUCAGCAACUAAUACAACUCGUAAUUUGCAAAUGCUCGCAGAAUCUGCUGCUUGCGUGAGUGACUCGGCGAUUCAAAUUGGUAACAAACUUGUUAGUGAAGUUAAUAUGCAAACCAAUAAGCUUUCAUUAUCAGGAUUAAAAGAACAAGGUCGUUUUUUCAUAAAACAUCUUGAAAUUUUUCGAAAUACCAUGCGCAAGUUGCAAAAUAUUGUUGUUAAGUUCGGUAAGCAGACAAAGGAUUACUUGGUACAGUUGCUCACAGUUAAAGAGUAUUGCCAGCGAUUCUUCAUUGGUCCCUAUUACUUUUGUCUUCGAAUUUUUGAUGAGAGCACUCAGUAUUGUGAUCGACUUACUCUGUACCGUGGAUUACCAGUUUGUAAAUUUGUGAAGGAUAUGAGAAUGAUUUGUGAUGCGGCACGAUUUGGUGAACUGGUUUGUGACAUCCCAGAGAAAAUAAAAGAAUCUCUGAAGUCCGGCUUUCUAACAUUUACUAAGGAUAAAAUGAAAGCUGCUAUGAACUCUGUUGUGAACGAUUACAAUAUCAGUUUUCUUGCAAAAGAGGCCAGAGCGGCAAAAAAAUCGUGGGAUGAAUUUGGGAUUUCGCUGAAUCAUACUAUUGAAGACAAUCAUACGCAAACGUUCCAACUGGAAAAAAUGAAGGAAGAACUGGAAGGAGUCCUGAAUCAGUUCGGAGUUUUUGUGGAGAUUUUAUCUACGACAAUUAGCUUUAUUAUUCCCAAUUUAAUUAUUAUAACUUUCCUUAUGGCAUUAGUGUACGUUAUAAAGUAUAAGCAGAAGGAGAAAGUGGAUAACGUCUACAUAACAGGAGAAUUUCGAAAUGUUGAUAUGCUGCGGGAAGCACAAGGGCAACCUUCUUUACUUCCACUGUUACCCAAAGAACGAGAAACAUAUAUUGAAGGAUUCACAUUACACAUGACAUCGAAGGAGAAAAUGAAAAUGCUAUUUGCAUUUUCGAUUACAUUGAUUGGGGGUUUCAUGCCAAUUUUUCUAAUAUUGUUGGAUGUAUUCACCUAUCAAAUGCUUUAUUUCACUUAUUCAUUCCUGCAAUCUAACGCUACUCGCACCAGUCGACUUGAUUUCUACAAUCUUAAAGCUGCGGGAGAAGGUUUUUUGGCAAAACUCCUGCAAAGAAUUCUUCAUAUAUUUCAUCCGAUCACAGGAAGUCAACAUAGCGAUAAUGACUGGAGACAGUGUUUUAUAGAGCCGAAUCCACCAGAUUUCCAGCUGAUUCGGCUAAUGAUGCUCUUAUAUUUAAUUGCCUUUUUACUUUGUAUUCUGCAGGUAUAUGUAGUAAGAUGUCGACAUUUGAUUGCGCAACAUUAUUGGCCAGAAAGAACAAAACCACGCACUUUAUGGUUGUAUAAUCAAGUACUCGAAGGUCGCAAAAGUAUUUUGACACAGUUGAUAAAAGCUGCCAAGGAAAAGGAGCUUAAAGAUCAGCUGGUUGAAGAUGAAAUUAGCGGACGGGGAAAUCUUGUAAAUCGUGGCUUGACGGUGUUAGGUGCUGAUCAAUACAGAUGUGUCAGAUGUUUUCGAUCAGAUCUCAGUAUCGCCGAUGCAAGAUUAGUUAACUCAUAG